UUAGCAAAAUGUAAUUGUUAAAUUUUGUUCUAUGGUAAAAGUUUUAACAUUUUAUUUGCAAUAAUUUAAAGUUAUGUGCAAUAUUAAUCACGCAUAGAACUUCGAAGUACGUCUUUAUAUAAUAGUCCAAGAUCUAAAAAAAGCAAUAAGGUUCAUAUAAGAAAUAUAAUUGGUCUCGUUCGAUAUAUUUACAAUGAGAAUAAACAAAAUUAACGUGUUGUACUAAAGUUCAUAGUUCAGUGUACGUUAGUGAUGAAUAUUCGGACUAGUUCGCGUUAAUUAAAAAAAAAUUUGUUGAUUCAAACAUGUGUUAAUUGGGAAUUCUAAAGACGAUCAGUGUAGUGUGAAUUUUCUAAAAUGGGGCAAACAGGAAGCGCAAUACCAGCGCCUCGCACCUCAUGCACAGGCGGCGCGCCGAACAACCUGCCACCGCUCGGCUUCCAUUCCGUCCACGGCGAGAACGUGCGCAUCUCCCGAGAUGGCAGCACGGCGAGGCGCGUCGAGUCCUUUUGCAAGGGUGUCGCGUUCAGCGCGAGGCCCGUACGGGUUAAUGAAAAGAUAUGCAUUCGCUUCGUAGAAAUAUCGGACAGCUGGAGCGGUGUCAUCAGAUUCGGAUUUACUUCUCACAACCCGGCCACACUACCCCACCCACUGCCAAAGUACGCCUGCCCAGAUCUCACAAACAAACCUGGAAAUUGGGCUAAAGCGCUCGGCGAAAGAUUCUGUGAGAAAGACAAUCUGCUAUUCUACUAUGUCACCUCAGCCGGAGAGGUGCAUUUCGGCAUAAAUGGUGAAGAUAAGGGACUGUUCUUCGCCGGCGUCGACACAAGAAAUCCUCUAUGGGCAUUAGUAGACGUGUACGGAAACUGCACGGCUGUACAGUUCGCUGAUCCCAGAACGUUGUACCAGAACAGACAGGCCUCACCUAUUGUUGAAGAUGACAGGCUCAUCGGUAGCAUGCGUUCCCUAUCAGUUGAUGAAGCGUUACCACCACCGAGAUUCAAGAAUCCCCUAGUGCCCUUAAAUCUUCAUAGAAUGACAGGCAGGAAUGUACAGUUUGUGAAUGAGAGAGGCGUCGCUGCAAGGAUCGAAGCGGAAUUCUGUCAAGGAUACGUGUUCACAGCGCGGCCCAUGAGACCGGGACAAACGAUAGUCGUACAAAUACUAGCUACGGAAGCCGCGUACGCUGGCAGUCUAGCCAUCGGUCUGACGUCCUGCGAUCCGGCCACACUCAGACCGUGCGACUUGCCAGACGACGCUGAACAAUUGUUGGACCGCCCCGAAUAUUGGGUAGUGAGACGCGACGCGGCGAACGGUCUGAGACGCGGCGACGAACUGGCCGUCACACUAACACUAGAUGGGGAAGUGCGCGUCAGUAGAAACGGCUCCACACCGAUAACGGUCAUGCACGUAGACCACACGCUACGGCUAUGGGCGUUUGUUGAUAUAUACGGGGCGACGCAAAAGGUCAGGAUGCUGACGUCUCAAGCGGUUCAAUCGCAGACGCCGCCGCAGCAGUUGCGAGUACUGACCGGGUCUGCAGCGCCGAUAGCGGCUGGAAGCGGUGGGACCGUGCUGGUCGUGAGCCUGCCGCCGCAGAACGGGCAGAACGGUGUUAGCCACCAGCAGGGACUGACGUUGGCUAGUGCGCACUAUAUUGAGCCGAUACAGUCGUCAUCACAAGUUUGCCUCACGUCCCUCCCAAUGACGUCACAAACGCAAACUUGCGCGCCCGUCCCCUACCAGAGGCCGCGGGAGGUCUGCUCCACGAGCCAGAACAAUUCGAACGAACAAGCCCUCAUACCGAACGGACAUUCAGAACUGAGACUAGACAGAAUUCCAAACGGACCAUCCACGAGCAGACCGUCCACAUCGCACCAACCAGUAUAUUCAGUCAUCGGUGAAGGUGGCGGUCUAACGGGCACAGAGUGCACAAUCUGCUACGAAAACCCAAUAGAUAGUGUGUUGUAUAUGUGCGGACACAUGUGUAUGUGCUACAGGUGCGCGGUGCAACAGUGGAGGGGUAAGGGCGGUGGCCAGUGCCCCCUGUGUAGGGCACAAAUCAAAGACGUCAUACGCACGUACAAGUCGUGAUUCGAAAGUGUGAAACUAGAUGACGCUGCGAUAAAAGUUGUUACUUGACAUUGACAGUUGACAGUUCAGGUUCCCGCGCGUUCAGCUGUCAGUUGGAACUUUUGGCGCAAUAUCAUCUGUUUUUUUUAAAUGCCAAAAACGCGAUUUUGAUAUGACGAAUAAUAUAUUACGAUGUAGCCGUUUCGAGUAUGUAUAUAACAAUUUUAGUGUGUAAGUACAAAUAUCCAAUGUAUAAUUCGAAUGAGAAUCAGCAUCCAUGACAUGAUAUGAUAAAAAUAAUAUAUUUGCAUGAUUUUGCGUGAAAUGGAUCGCGUGUCCUUCUAUUGAUAAUUUAUAUAGAUAGCGUUAUAAUCACAUUUAAAAAUAUCCUCACGUAAUUAUGUAUAUGAAAAUUAUUAUUUUGACAAUUUUUUAUUAUGGCAACACAGAAUAAAGUAUAACAUUAUGUAUUUAAAUCGAAUAAUUUGCAUUUUCACUAUAUGUAAUUUAAUAUAUAUUUUUUUUAUAAUCACAGUAGAUUUGAAGAAAUAAAUUCCAUUCAUAUAUAGACUUCUUAUUAGUAUAAUAAUGUAUUCUACAGUUGGAAUUGUCACAGACUAUAAAUAGCAGUAAGUAUAUUUCUCUCAUAACUUAAAAAUAUUCAAAAUUAGGUGCUUGUUCUAUACUGUAUACACAAUUGAGAACAUUUUUGAUUUAGUUUCUUAAUAAAAAACGUUGAAAGCAGUAUUAUUUUUCGUUAUUAAGAGUCAUAUAUAGCUCUUUUAUAUGUAGUCUGUGGAAAUAUCCAACGCUAAUAUAUACACUUGGGGUUGAAAACUUCUGUAUGACAAUUAGUUAUGCUAGGUUUUAAACGUUAGGGUUCCUAGAAAUACUAAAUGUAGGACAUUUUAGGCUACAAACAUCAACGUCCUUAUGAGUGAUAGGUAACAAUUUUAAUGUACGACUUUUUACACGUUACCAUAAGAAAAAAAUAUUUUGUGACGUCACAGCAUGGCGAAUAAUCUAGAAGACUAAGUUGAGAUUAUUAGCGAACAAUCAAAAAUUGCUUAGAAGUUAGUGUUUGAUGAGCAAAAUUUUUUGAAUGUUACGAAUUGCGAGCCUUCGAUGUGUUGUGACGUCACCCGCCAUUGUUUGGUGAUUUUUUUUAAACAAUCGGAUACUUAGCCCAUGUGGUCAUAGACAAGUCGCUAUGACGCUGUGUUACUAUCGCUAAAUAUCGCCGUAUUGUUGUGAAAUUAUCCGAACAAAAUAUUGUUAUUUAUUCCAAAUACCUAUAAAUUAUACAUGAAUUAAACAGAGUAGAAAUAGCUUCAUGAAUCAACGUAAUCAUUUUUUUUAAUAGUAUCUAAUCGACGAAUAAAGACUCCAUAGAUAAUAAAAUCAGGAAUUGAUGCGUAUUACCCAUUAAUCAUUCCUUUUUGCUCAAGUUAUUUUGAUAUAGGCAUAUCAUUCUAUGACUGCACUUUCUUACAUAUCUAAGAUCCGUUUGGAGGCUCUGCAUUUAAUUGUUAAAGUAUUUCUCUGCGUCCAUUUUAUUUUUGCCGGCUUUUUCACUUCCAUGUUUGAAUUCAUUCCUUGUUUGUAUUCCUUUUUUCUAACUGCCUUAAUUUUGUAGCCGGAUCUUAUUAUCAUUAUUGUGUUUAGUUUUAAGAUGAGUAAAUAAGAGAUUUUAAAUGAUUACACGAUUUAAAAUCUGUUUUUGUAUUUAACGAUUAUUUAUUUCGUAGAUUUAGGACAGUAAUAAUUUUAUAUGAGUUUCUAAGUUUAUGCGAAUGUUACGUGGAUUGAAGAAAAUCGUUUCAAUGAAUUUGUGUUCAUAAUAAAUUCCUCGAAAUGGUUUUCUUCAAGUUGACUUUUAUACCAAAACAGUGUGACCAGUAUGUAAUCCCCGAUAGUAAAGCCAAAUCUUAUUUUUAUUUUUGUUGGUACAUAUUUCUUAAGCUCGUAUAGUUUUCCAUAGUAAUGUUUGCCAGUUUAAAAUAAUCCAAACCCAAACUAUAGUCAUAACACUUUAUUAAUAUUAUAAAUUCGGAUAUGUACCAGCAUAUUUUUGUGAUAUAAGUUUUUUUUUAAGAUUUUUUUUUAACACGGUCCCUGUACAGCGUUGUCAUCUAGUCGUUAGUAAUUUAUUUUUAUUUUUUUUUUCAAUAAAAAAAUUCUUCAUUUGAUUACGAUGUUGGUGUUUAGAUUAAGUUUACAAAUAAAAUGGUUAUCAAAG